AUGUAUUACUCGGAUGAUCGGGUACUUGAUUGCCACAAGAUGGUAUCAACAUGUUGGCCAAAUACAAUUCAAUUAACAUUAAGUAUUCUACAUUCAAGCGAACUCGUACUUCUCUUACAACGCAAUGCUUUACCUACAAUUGAACAUUUGAGUGUUACUAAUGAGGAUAUAUCUGUUGCUUUAUUGCUUGGCUCGUUAGCUAUGCCUUUACUUGAAAAACUGAUAUUGAUUGAUUUGUAUAAUCAUAGUAAGUUACCAUGUAAUAUUUCUUUAUCAAUUAUUCUUGUAUUAUAUCAACUGAAACCAUUCAGUUUCUUCUGCUAUGAUAGACCAAAUGAUCGAAUCAACUUUUGGCACGAAAACUUGUACUAA